CGCGUGCCAUUCAAGUUGUGCGCCAUGGCCAAGCAAUUCACGGUCGUCUACAUCCCUGCGACGGACGACAAGGAGCUCGCCGAGUGGCAGAUCGACCUCCCAAAGGACAUUGACGGCCAGAUCUCGUGCCUCACGGAGCGCCUCCGCGCGCACUUCAAGGAGCAGUCCUGUGGCGCCUCCAGCGCCGAGCAGCGCGAAGCCUUUCGCCAGCAGAUCCUCGCGCAGAUGCCCAAGGGCUCGACGAUGAACGACGAGGUCAUGUCGAUGAUGCUGCAGAUGGACAGCUUGGUGGACUCGGUUCCGCUCAUCACCAACUCGGCUGCGGCCAAGCACAUUGGCGUGAACCUCUACGUGGACGACAAGGGCACGGCGAAGAACCUCCCGCUCAACAUGCGCGCGUCGGCGAUUGCGCAAGCGUGCGGCCGCAUGCUCGAGGUGCGCGGUGACGCGUUCAUUGGCCGCGUCUUUGACAACGACGACGCCUUUGUUCGCAUGGACUUCAAGUUGAGCGAGAUCAACGCCGAUGCCGAGUGGAUCAAGAUCGCGCAGAGCCAGACGAACCCGCAAGCUGCGGCCAAGGCCCCCGUUGCGCCGGCCACGAACGGUCGCGUGUGUGGCUCGCCGUCGUGCUCGGCCAAGGGCGUCCACCGCUGCUCGCGCUGCCAGGCCGAGUACUACUGCAGCGCCGACUGCCAAAAGUCGCAUUGGCGCGUGCACAAGCUGUCGUGUAAGAAGCCGUAAGCUCAUUCCAUCGUCAUCAUCCUC